UCUGAGGACGCAGCCAUGCCGACUCGUCUGCCGGGCUGCCGCCUCGUCUCAACCGUCUCCCGCGCUUCACCGAGAAGGAGGAGGUUGCCAUGAGAUGUCCCACAGGCCUACCUCACUGGUUGUGAGUGAACCGGCGGGAAAAAAGGGGAUAACCGACGGCGGAUAAUGACAUGAUGGUUCCGGUGUAGCGCGAGCACAGGGGGGGGGGGUGUGGGGAGAGCUCCGGGCGUCUUUAAUGAGCGGUGCUGGAGAGGAAAUCAACGGACUUUAUUGUGUGUGGAACCACGACUCUGAACACACCGCAGUAAUUAAAAAGACAAACGGUGUCUCGUACCGGUUGCUGAGGUUUCCUUCAGUCUGAAAGCUCUCCCCGGAGGCUUCGCUGGACAGUCGAGGAUGAUGUCCCUCAGAUGGUGACUUGUGCAGGAGCUUCAGAGAGAGGAGGUUUUGAGAGUAAAACUCAUCAGGGCUGUCUGGGUUUCCUACCUUCUCUCACUCCUCUGUCUCUGCAUCUCCAGCUGUCUUCUAAUGGUUUGAUGGAGAGCUGGUCGAAUGUCAGCCGGAACUGUUGUUAUAUCCGGAGGAAUUCUCGCCGGAGUGAUACUGCUGUGCAUUGUGGCAGUGCUCUGUUACUGUAGACUCCAGUAUUAUUGCUGUAAGAAGAAUGAUUCUGAGGUGGACGCGGGCCCUGCGGUCGGACCGGACCCUCUUUCUCAUUUUCCCUGCAAUGCCUGUGACAUCCUAGCCAUGGAUGGCGCUGCUAUCACCCCCGUCUCUCUGGAUCAGCUGGACUCGGGUUCUCACCACAACUACUGCCCCACAUGUUCCCCGUACUCGGUCCGCUCUGGACGUACAAAUGACAUGCGCAACGGAGGGGAGCGGCUCGGCUUCCACACCUACUACGAGAACCCAGCUGUCUCUCUUCCCCUAUCCACCAACCCGCAGGGAUCCCCCCAUUUGAGCUAUAUCGGCCACAAGGACAUGUUUCCUCCACCGCCACGACCCUACAGCACCCAGGUCUGACCUUUGCGCCAACAUAAAGACACACACGCUCUGACUUGCACACAUUUAAACAUUUAGCCCAUGUCCUAUUGUUUGGGACCCCAAUCAGGUGAUGGAUUACAAUACAGAACAAUUACACAGUUGCCUACAUUGAUGUAAAUCCUCAUACCUGUCACAACAUCCAGGCUCAUUUAUCCACAGGAGUGACCUAUAAACUGAGCCCACUGAAAGCGCACUCUGUGUGGGCAGUAAAUCCUUGGACUAAGCCCAUGUGGAUCUGCAGAGAGCAGCAUAGACAGUGAUUUAUUCACAGCCAUUUUCUGCAAAACCUUAGUUUGUCUGACACUGAGCUGGAUCAAAUGUGGUACAAAUUUGUCGUGUGGUAAUUAAGUUGUGAAUGUAACAUUGAAGCAACAUUAAGAGUUAGUUUGAACUCGAUACUGUACAUGUAGUCGGGUAAAAAAAACGUCCCUCCAGUGCUUUGGAAGUAUCGUCACAGUUGGUGCUAGGGAUGCAGUUUUUGAACACGUCCAACAAUCUGUGUUAAUGAUCACAUUCAAAUGACUCAUUAAAACAUCAGAAAAUAAUUAAGACGCUUAUUUUUUACCAUUUAAGAUUAUUAUUGAUGUGAGAAAUAAACACUGUUUAUGUGCCACGACACAACACAGAUGAAUAAAUAUGAUAUUCAUGAGAAAAACAUGAAUUUAAGUUAUGAAUUAAAAAAUACAUAAAUAAAACAGCCUAAAUCAUCCUUUGAGGAUUGUCUUCAGUAAUUAAAAAUGUAAUUCAGUUCUUAUCAGAACUAAUGUUCUUCUAGAAAAAACCCAAAUUUAAACUUUAUUAAUCUUUCAUUUUCAGUAAACAGGCUGUUUGACUGUUUGACUGCCUGUUCACAUUUGUUCUGCGUGUACUGCUAAUCUGCUAAAUGUCUCAAUAAUCGAGAAGUUAUUCCUGCUUAAAUGAUUCUAAAUGAUCGGAUAAAUAAAUUCAUAUGCCUUUUAUAAGCUCAUCUCCAUACCCUGGCUGCAUGACACCGAUAAUUAUUUUCUCUCUAACGUCAAAUACAACUGAGAAGUCUUUGACCUGAGAGUCCGCAAUCAACCAUCAUCUCCA